AUGAACCCCCAACAGCCUUUUCUCCCAGUGAAUUUUCCAACUGGAGGGCAAAGACAACCAACACUCAAUCCACAACAACAACCAUCCAUGCAACAACAACAACAACUACCAACCAAUCCAUUCCAUUUUCCACAAACACAACCAUCCGUGCAACAACAACAACAGCCUCCUUCAAAACAGACUCUCGGAGAACUUGUAGAGAUCAAUGUAGGUGGACGUAAAUAUUCAACCACCUUGCGAAUUUUAAGAUCUAUUCCUCUCUUCAAUAAAUUGAAAUCCAUUCCAACGUUGCAAACAAGAAGACCGCCAUCCGUAUCAACAACAACAGGAAUAUUCCAACAAACUGUGCUGCAACAACCCAUCCAUCCAACAGAAUUUAAUUAUGAAGAAUAUUUGAGUCAUGAUUCCGAAGGCAAUUUGUUUGUGGAUUUGAAUGGUGAAUUAUUUGAGAGUAUUUUGGAUUGGUUCCGAUAUGAGAGGGUUGCUGAUCUCUCUAUAAGUCAUCUUAAUGUCAAACAAUUAUUGAGAUUGAAGGGUGAAGCUCUUUUUUAUGGAGUGCAAGACUUGUCACAAGCCUGUGCCAAACGUUUGGAAGAAUUGGGACAAGGAAUUUCAUCAUUGGGAGUCAAUCCUCUACUAUCUUCUUCGCCUCCAACCUCUCAGAUUGGUGUAAAACCUGCUCCACGCUUUGAACUCCUCAAGCUGCAAAUGAAGAAUACGAAUCAGAGUUUGAUUGCUGUACAGGCUGGAGAUGGUGAUUUUCAUGUAAUUCCUGAUGCACGAGUGGAGUUUGAAUUGGCCUACGAGGGUCACAUCCUUAUUGAAUAUUCCAUUGCAGAUUCGAGUGGUGACUAUGUGAUUUGCAUUGAUGGAGUCGAUCAGAAAAGUCAUCCUGCACUCUCAGGUAUUGUGUUCCAGGAGCUUUCUGAAGUCAAGAUUAUCAAAUUUGAUUAUGCCAUGACACAGGCUUUGAGUUUUGUUUCCCCUACUCCUUUGAAGGUUGGUAAACAUGUGGUCGAGCUCAAGUGGCGAUCCUAUUUCAAAACAGCUUACAAUAUGCAGGACCUGCAUUGCCAAACUGUUCUAUGUACAUCCAAGCGUUGUGCAAAUCAAAGAAUAAAGUACAAGCAUGUGCUAAAACAUACACUUGGAUGA